GGCAUGCACGACAGGGGGGGCAUGCACGACAGAGGGGGCAUGCUCGAUAGGGAGGGCAUGGCUGGAAGAGAUGGCAUGCGCGAUAGGGAGGGCAUGGGUGGUAGAGGCAACAUGUUCGAUAGGGAGGGCAUGGCUGGCAGAGGAGGUAUGAUUGAUAGAGGCGGCAUGCACGAAAGACGGGACAUUUACGGAAGAGGGGGCAUGCGAGAAAGAGGGGGUAUGCACGAAAGAGGGGGCAUGCACGAAAGAGGAGACAUGCACGAAAGAGGAGACAUGCACGAAAGAGGGGGCAUGCACGAAAGAGGGGGCAUGCACGAAAGAGGGGGAAUGCCCGGUAGGGGGGGCAUGUCCAGCAGGGGGGGCAUGUCAAGCAGGGGGGGCAUGCCUGGCAGGGGUGGCUUUGGAAAUAACGGACCCAACACUUCGCUGUGGGGUGGAGACAACCAAAGCGAGCCACCUUUCAGGUAACUGGAGUAUUCAUUGCAGAGCACGAUUGGUAUUUUGAGUUAUAUUUUUGGUUGUGAGAAAUGGUGUAAUGGUGUUUUUUUUGUUUUAUUGAAUUUUGUAGAGGGCCAUCAUACGAUGAUGAAGACCAGCUACCAGCCAGAGACAUGCCUUCAUCAGGAGAUGAAAUCAAGCGUGAAGAGCUCUACCUAAAGUUUUAUGAUGAAAUUCAAAAACAGUACGACAGUGAGAGACCUGUGGACUGUGUUGUCAUUGUGGCUUCCCGGCAGCAAAAGGACUAUGCAGAGAAUAUAGGCAGGCAAGCUCGGGAUAUGGGCCUCACUGUGGAUCUCAUCAUGCUGAGCUCGCAGAACCUCCUGGGCCAGGCCCUGAACGAUGUAAGGAAUGGGGGCUCCGCCUUCGCCAUCGCCGUGAUGCCCCCACACGUGACGCACAACUGUUGCUCCGUCCACGUCCUUCAGGGGAACAAGCAACAGCACCACGACACGCCUCUGCCCAUGGCCAUGGAGCUCGUGGGUCGCGAGUUUGAGACUUACAUGGGCAACCUACGCGAGCGGCGGCGGAGUGAGAUCGCCAGACAAGCAGCCGAGCGCGCCGACAGCGUCUUGCGGCGCCAGCAGCGGCCGAACCGUUUCUCGGAAGUGCCGGAAUUCCGAACCAGCUUUUCGACACAGGCCCCCGCGCGCGCCCCACCAGCUCUGGACACCCUGGCCCCACCCCUACAUGCGCGAGCGUCGCCCGCAGAUUCACCUUACCGGUCCGGUCCCGCGCGCGGCAACACGUCCGGGUACCCGAGUGAGCAGGCGGCAGCGCCAGCGGCCUACGCGCAGCAUGCCAACUCGCUGUCGUCGCUACGCAGCGCUCUGAGCGAGGGGAAGGACAUGUCCCUGGAAGAGCUGGAUCGCAUCUCGGAGCAAGUGCGCUUUCUGCGCGAAAAGGCGCUCAGCGAAAGAGGAAUGCGUAAUCAGCCAGCCGCCCCGCCACGCUUGGCUGAGGGAGGGAUUGGAAUGCACCAUCUUCAACAGAACACACCACAGGCUCACCAGAGACUUGACCAACAACUGCCCAACAUGGCAAGCAAAGCCGUAGGUGCGUACGGUAACAGAGCGGCGGCCGACGCGCCCGGCGCUGCUUUUAACAGCGGUAACAACAACAACGGCGGCGGUGGCGGUGCAAUGGCGGCGGGGAUGGGGAGGCAGGGGAGCUUGCCCCCAUCGGGCCACAUGGCGGGCAGACAGCAGGCGAACAACAUGGGGCAAGUGGCGGCGUCGCGUCCUGUCUCCCCGCCGCGACGCAACUCACGCUGGCUGCCAGGAACGCCGUCGGUAGGUGCGCAGUCCGAGUUGAGCCACGCACCCAUGGAGGAUGCGCUGCAGCCGCGCGCCACCACUUCUGCGCAGGGAGGUCAGGGUCAGGUCGGUGGUUACGGCAACUACGGCAGCAUGGGCAGGGAUUUCUCCGACCAAGGUGUGCGAAUGCCGUCGCAGCAGCAGCAGCAACUGGUGCCUCCACACCAGCAACAGCAGGAGCGCGUCACCUCCGGGGGAGCGACCAGCACGACAGUCGGUCCCACCACUGUAAACCCGUCGUCUAUUGACCUGGAUAACCCCAACGUGCGCAAGGCGCUUGACAUGCUCAUGCAGAGCGGUCCGGCGAUAUCGCAGCUCGUUAAGCAGGCAUCGGCCGCCGUGUCGCAGAAGGGGCAGUCGGCGGCUUUGGUGGAGCCGCAAGCACCCAUGUUUCGGUCGCCACCGCAACAACAGCAGCAGCAACAGCGGCCACUGAUGCAGCAGCAACAAAUGCCCUCGCAGCCGACCCACGGCAUGGGCUCGCAGGGCUAUGGAGAGGAGAAAGGUUGGGCCAGACAGCAGCAGCCAGCCUUCCGGCAGCAGCACCCGCAGUUCCAACAGCAGGCCCGCUGGGAUGAACAGUACCAGCAGCGCUACUGAAGCAUGAAUAUGGAACCACAUUUUUGAGAAGUCUGGGCAACCCUACUUUAGGUGUAUUGAGAGGGCAGGGGUACACGAUGCAUUGCUUUAUGAAUAGCAGGGUAGAAGGCUCGCUGUUCCUCCGGCCACACAGUAAUGUAACGGGCACAAAGCUGCACACAAACAUCUAGAACAAAGCAUUGUAUCGUGUACCCCUUGCUGUGGAGUUGGCACUGGGAGAGAGAAUGGUAAGUGCGUGUAUCAGGCAGCUGCCGCAAAUGUUUUUCAACGGAGCGAGUGAAGCGUGUUCGCGGAGCAGCAGGGUCUACAAUUGAGCUGCGGUGCACUGCAAGAAAUUGAGGCUGGCAGUUUUCCACUGAUGCAGGGAGCAUCUUAAUGGUUGGAGGUGUGCUGAUGUGCAGGCAAUGUCGGUGUGGUUGAAUCAAGCGACUCGUAAAUUAUUUCCUGAUACUUUAAUAAUGGUACACGUAAUAAUAUAUUACGGAUAGUUAAGCAUAGUUUUUGUUCCGUGUCUUCGGAAAUGUUGGCACAUCAUGUAAGGAGGAGCUUGCUGUGGCUUAAGUUUGUGGUGGAGACCAAAAUUUGUAAGUCUCUUUUUUGCUGAUGCUUUGGCGUUUAAAUGUGUUAACCCUGCUGCCCUGUUGCAAAAUUCAAUGGAGGGGGAAGAAAAUUGGGUAAUUCACAUGCGUUCACAAGACCAUAACUUUGGAAAUGAGGCAGUAUUUUUGCCCCUUUUUAUGCUCAAUUGUAGCCUGCUGCAAAAUGUGAUAGAAUAUUUGUUGGGGAAAAUAGUAAAAAUUAUUUUACAAAUUUUAUUUCUUUUCUUUAGAAUCCAGUAAAUAAAACAUUCAAUAGACGUCACGUUACAUUCGUGUACAUUUUCCAGUUGUCUUGGUACUAAGGAAAAUUGCAUUGGUGAGUUGACUUUAGUGAUUAACGUGUGCAUGUAUAUCUGCCAUUUGUACUGGACCCACGCUUAAACCUGCUUCAUUCAUGUGACUUUUACAUGCGGUAGUUUAGGUUAUCUCUUGAUAUCCUUUUUUAAUGUUUUCGUUAUACACUCAUUUCCAUUGUGUAAACGAGGUUGGAUCUUGAACGAGCGCUUCGGCCAAUAACUGUAGGACUGGAGGCUUUUACUCGAAAAAAUAUUCAUCAUCAGGCCCUCGAUGUAUUGAUGUUAUUUUAUUAAUUUGCUACUGUAUUCCUUGACGUAUUCUUCCUUACAAAUUAUGUCCAGAUAAAAAAAAUCCCAAUGCAAAAAGUAUGUUUUCAUGAGUCCUUACAGCAGAUUUUAUUACAGUGCUUGGUCAUAUAUCCUAAUUUAUAUUAUCCUUAUGCUAUCCUAUUUCUCUAACGGUUUUUUAUAACCUCAUGCUUGGAUUGUGUAAAUUAUCUUGGAUUUAAACUGGUUUAAUAUUGAUUAAUGAAAUGUUGAUUUUUAAAAUGUUGUGGAAGUUUUGUCUAAAUGAAACAAGUUCAAUUCGCUGAAGAGCAUUGUGUGCGUUGCUUAAUAGGCUCAUAAAUCAUUGAGUCGUCGCAGUCCGGUCGCAUUCAAUUCAACGAUUUCUUUGUAAACUUUUGCUGUCUAAAUUAGUAUGUUCUCCCAUGAUCUGUUUUAAUUGUUCCACACGACUAAUUGUAGAUUUGAUCACGUUACUCCAAAAAUGUGGAAAAUAAAUUUUCUCUCGGCUUAACUGACUUUAAUUUUAAGGUAAUCUUACCGAAAAGAUCGUGCAUGCCAUUGUCUCAAGCUCUCUGUCCUCCACUAUGCACCCCGUAUGCCCAGACUACAUGAGGAGCUGAUUACGUUUUUCUAUAUUACACGGGCAUGUGUUAACCAUCGCAUUAAAAAAAAAUGCUUCUCUCUAAAA